CUCGCCUGGCGGGCACGCUGCCGCCGCUGCCGCCGCCCCCGCCCCCGCAGCUGGGCGAUGUGGUGAUGGUGUCUUACGGCGGCCGCACUGGAGGAGGCGGCGGAGGGGGCGGAGGAGGAGGGGCCGCAGGGGGCAAGCUGGCAGGUGGUGGUGUCGUAGCGGGAAGCUGCAGCGGCCGCUCGUCCUCGGGUGCUGCGGGUGGUGGUGCUGGUGGUGGUGUGGGGGCUGGCGGUCGCAGCCAUCAGUCGCGAGUGGCCCUGCUACGGCGGGUGGUGCAGGUGUGUUGCCGGCUGAUGACCCCCCGCCAGCCCCCCCACCUGCGCACCCCCGCCACCCGAGUGGUGGCGGCACUGCUGGGCCUCGCACCCCAGCUGGCGGCGCUGCUGGCGCUCUCCCUGCCGCAGCUGAUGGACAGUCUCAUAGACGUGAUCGGCC